UGGUACGUUACGUGUGAUGGCUGCCGAAGGGCGACGAUGAGAAACGUCUAACGCCAGCUGAAGCGUGAUGCGUCCAGAGCAACCCAGAUCGAGCUUCGCCCCGCAGAGACGGCAGGCGGAUUCAGCCCCCUGGGGCGUUCUGAACACCGGCCUACUGCAGGGGCUCAUCCACAGCGCCAGGCCUCCUUCCUUCUGCUUCCUGCUCCCCAGGGUCCACGCAGCUGAUGAGGCUGCUGCCCAGCGUGCACAGAUGCCCUCUUCCCCCACAUCCUCCUCCGCCGGUCCCGCACCCAACUCCUCUCCAAGCACCGUGCCAAGCGGCGUGGGCAAGCCAGAAUUCCCAGACACAGGAUGGGACCGCAUUAAGGACCUCUUUGACAGAGACGUGACGCAGAGGUACCCGGAGGAGCUGACCAACAUCAUAAAGAGCGGUAUGGCGGCCGCACUCGCGGGUUUGAUCUACGGAGGCCUGCCAGCCGCACGCCACGCCAGGCAGAGGUACAUCCAGCUCAAUCAGGCGGAAAUCUACACGAGUCGUGUGGAUGCAGUGCGCUCAGCACAUAAUGCAGCUAUCCGGGGUUUUGUGAGAUAUGGAUGGAGGUGGAGCUGGAGAGUGGCUGCUUUUGUCACCCUGUUCAAUUCGGUCAGCACGGGCCUGUCUGUGUACCGGGACCAGUAUACCCUCAGCCAUUACGUCGCAGCCGGAGCUGUCACCGGAGGCCUUUUCAGGCUGAACCUGGGCCUUCGAGGGCUGGUGGCGGGGACCGUCAUCGGAGCAGCGAUGGGGCUUCCCACGGGCGCUUUGAUCAUCAGCAUGCAGUCUGUAGCCGGAGAAGGUGUCCGAGAGAGGAGGAGGAGAGAGCGCAGGGAGCUGUAUGAGCUGAGACUGGCAGAAUGGACGGCCCGUUUGCAGUUGACGGAUGAGCUGAUUGGAGAUCUGAAUGUCAGCUGCGAGGCAGAGGAAACUCAUAAGGACAUGCAGAGGAUCCAGGAGCUGCUCAGGUUACCACAGAAUGAGGAUGCAGCUCAGGACUCAAGCAGCCAAUGACAGUAGCUGUCUGCUGGACAUUGAGGUGGGACUUUACACACCCGAGGAUAAACAAGUCACUGGUUUGCCUGGACUCUGUCACACAUGUUCUGUCUAACUGAAUGAAAACUUGAUGUCUGAAAUAAAAGGGGAAAAAAAACUACUACAAAGGAGCCAUAGAGUAACUCAGGAGAUGGUUGUGCAGGUCAGCUAUUGGGCAGUUGCAAUAGGUGUGUG